AUGGCGGACGGCCAGCUUCCAGACAAGCGGAGCAAAUACCAAGUGGCUCCUGUUGCUGGCGGAAAGCGCAAGCGCCGCGCCAAGGACAGAUCGAAAGACGGAGAGCGAAAGCGCCUCAAGGACCGACAUGUGAACAGCAAGGUGCCGAAGGGUGACUCUGCUGCAGCUGUCCCGACGAACGCCUUAGGUUCGCAAUCCCCCACCGCUACCGCCAAUUCCUCCGGCGUCUCUCCUGCCUCUAGCGCACUGGUUGCAGAAGAAAUCCAGUACGAUGACGGCACGAACAACUCUCUCAAUGCCCCCGGGAAUGACAUCUUGAACCAGUACUUGGAGGCACAAGAGGAUGACGAUGCAGGGAACGGCGACGACGCUGCGGCCAACAUCGACCCGGAGUUGCUCCAGGGGCUCCAGAAUACUCUUAGUGGCGCCCUAGCUGAACUGGAGGGUGAGAGUGACUCGGAUGAUGAUCUGGAUAAGUUGUUCUCGGGCGACGACUCUGAGUCGCAGGCAGCUCCUGUCGUUGCUCUCCAGACGGAAGUCACUACGAAGUCAGCUACGCGCCCCGCCGAGCAGCAACCCGCAGUACCAACCGCGAAUGAGCCAGUCUCCGUUGAACUCGGACAGCCCGACGAGCCAGAGUCACCUGAGGAGACAACAGAGAGCCAUGAGACGGAUGAGGAAGCUGCUGGCUCUCAGUACCAGGCCCAAGAGGAAGCCGCACAGGAGCAGAAACGGUAUGGUAAGGGUGCCGGUCCGAAUGGUGAGGACGUAUGGAGAUACGUCGAACCCGUACCCGGUACUAAGGGGCCGACGAUGGGAAUCCCUGAGAGGAAGGUGCCGUAUGAGGUGUACCAACCGGAAUCCAACGACAAGGAGAAUGGCAUCAUUGCCUUCCGAUCAGAUCCACCGGACGACGACACCACCAUCGCCUGGAGCGAAGUGAUCAAGGCAGGAGACCGUAAGCGUACGAUGGAUGGGAACCCCUCGCGCCGCAAGGAAAUGCACUCCGGCGUCCGCAUGCAGGAAGCAGAGGAGCGGUGGAGUGGCUUCUCCAAGAUGCUGAAGUGGCGAAGCGAGAAUCGGAAAGACACAAAGGACAAGCAAUGGGUUGUUUUCAUGGGCAUACCCUGCAACACCGCGGCAGAGUACAGCCGGUUGGCAGCGAAGCUGGAAUCGACCGAAGCUGCCAUGUUCUUCAAAAAGAUCGGCACCGCGGCACAUGUCAUCUUGGAGGUCGGUAUUCCUUCCGCCCUCCCCGUGGCGCACGGAAAGAUGAGGCAGUACAUCGAAGCUGUCCGCUACCUGAUGACCAAGUAUCCUGAGAAAUUCACUGUGGUUCUCUCCGACUACAACAUCCUCAACGCAGACCCGGCCGACUUCUACGAGGAUUUCGAUGUGGAUAAACACUUCGACGCUAAGUUCAGGGACGCUGAUGACUUCCUGAGACUCUACCAGAAGAGCAUGGAGGACCUCAGCGACCAAGCCGAACACGCCGACGAAGCUCGGCGCAACGCUCAUUGGAGCGCCAAGGGUGAGCGGCUGCCGCGCGAUUGGCGUGGUAUCCUGGAAGAGCAAAUGAGGUUGUACGGGGAGUACAAGGAGAAGUACAAGGAGGGCCAGCGACAGACACACAAGGGCAAGUGCGAGAGGAUUCAAGAGGAGAUUGAAUUCUGCAAAGAGUUCGUCCGCGAGGUCCAGCGCUCCCACGUCGGAAGGCAAUUUCCUGCUGAGAUACUUGCCCUUUUGCCAGACUCUUUUGUCACAGAGACAAAGAGCCAAGAGGUCGAACCAGUUCCACAGACGCCGGAGGUUCCCCAGUCUCAGGCAGAGGUUGUUGCCUCUAGGGCCACUUCUCCAGAGGCCGAGUCCCUGCUGGCCGUGAGCGCUCCAGAGAACAUCGAUGACUUUGAGCGCAGGUCCGAGGCGGCUACUGCACAGCUUGAGGCCAACGGCUCAAAUGGGAACUCUCAAGAUCUGAUCCAAUCCAUUGAGACACAGCAGCAGGCUGAAGAUCUAGCGGUAGAUCCGCCCAACGUUCGGAGGACCGUGGACGCCGCAUCUUCUAAGAAGGUGACGCAGGCUGCUGUCUAUAUCGAUCUCACAUCUCCGUCCCCGCCGCCAGUUCACGCUUCUCUAGCAGGAGAAACCCAUAAGCCUGCCCGCCUUCCCGUCGACGAUGGGCCAGCGUCUGGCGCUCAAAAGCUUCCCGAGCAAGUCUUAUCAGCGAACAAGGCGCGUGCCGAAUACUCUCGGCAACUUCGUCAGCAGACUGCAGCUCAGACUCAAGCUCUGCUGCGUGCUCCCUCCCAAGCCCUGCAUUCUCGACCUCCUGCAGCAGAUCUAGCAGGCCUUAAUGGUGUGGACAACUGGCCAGAAUAUGCUGACGGCUCUAACUACAUCCCCAAAGAUGCCGUAGACAAUACCUCGCCUUUCCAAGCCGUGUCUACACAACUGGGUCAUCAAGAGCAGGCCCAACUGCAUCCGUAUCAGGCUCCCUACCAAGCGGAAGUCCCACGGUUGAACAUGGGUUCAAAUCCUACGACUGCCUCCCAGCCGCGUCUGCGGCCGAACAAUGAUGGCUUUCCUCCGCAGCCCCAACCGGCAUACAACUCAGAGCCGCGCUACAAUAAAGUGCAGAACCACAUGGCCUCAAGCCGUGCUUACCCCGGUUCUCCAGCACCGCAGUUGCUGCAAGGCACUCCCCAAAACCCGCAACCGAGCUACCUCAACAUCAAAGGCCAAAACAUGCAGCCGAACGGACGCCAGAUGCAGACUCCGACCCAACCCGGUCAGAUGCCCUACCCAUUCGGAAUAGGGCAACCAAUGGCAUAUCCGAACAAUGGCGCUACAGUGCAACAGCAAGCUCAACCGCACAACGCAGGAUCGUCCCCUUCGGCAGCACCCAAGUUGCAGGUUCCUGAGCCCGACUAUGAGCAGGUGUAUGCCCAGGAGCCACUUCAUGGGCCUCAGUUGCGAUCACCGUACAUUCGGCAGCCACAGAUGCAGAAUGACGAUUAUGGACUGAUGGACCCAUUCGGCUACGGAAAUCCUCAGGAGUAUCCUUACCAGCAACUCCCAACGCCGGUGCCGCAUGUCUAUGGGCAGAUGCCACCGGCUUAUGGACAAGAAUACGGGUAUGGACCCUUUAGCGGUCCUCAAGAUCUCCCGGCACCGGAUGCUGCCGACAUGUUCUAUUCGGCGCCUUACCAGCUUGGUACCCCGCAGAUGCAACCUUCCCCCUAUAUGAACAAUGGGUUGCAGCAAAUGGGUGCCUACAACGGCUAUGGACAGCAGGUCGAGCAGAGCAGGAAGCGAGGACGCGAAGAUGAUGCCACGGAAAAGGAAGGUGCAAAGAAGGCCAAGCGGUAUGGGGUGGCUUUCUAG